ACCAUUGUCUGCAUAUCUUGCUUUACCCUGUAGCGCACGCGCACUCGUUCCUCUCCCUGCCUGCCUGCCUGCCUGCCUGCAUAUACGAUUCCCCAUGUUCCGUCACGGCGUCCGUACCUUUGCGACCACCUCUCUCCGGAGGAUGGCCGCGGUCGCGCCCCAAGAGCCCUCCCAAUACCUCCUUAACGUCUCCAAGGCGCAGGGUAUUGCCAAGGGCUUGACCGGAGCUAUCGGCAACACCCCGCUCAUCCGCCUCAACCGCCUCUCUGAAGAAACCGGCUGCGAGAUCCUCGGCAAAGCCGAGUUCAUGAACCCCGGCGGUUCCGUCAAAGACCGCGCGGCCCUGUACGUCGUCAAGGACGCCGAGGAGCGCGGCCUGCUACGGCCAGGCGGCACUGUCGUUGAGGGAACCGCCGGCAACACCGGUAUCGGCCUGGCGCACGUGUGCCGCUCCAAGGGCUACAAGCUCGUCAUCUACAUGCCCAACACGCAGUCGCAGGGCAAGAUCGACCUGCUCCGCCUGCUGGGCGCCGAGGUGUACCCUGUGCCCGCCGUCGCGUUCGAGAACCCGGAGAACUACAACCACCAGGCGCGCCGGCACGCCGAGCGCUUGGACAAUGCCGUGUGGACGAACCAGUUCGACAACAUUGCCAACCGGAGGGCGCACAUCGAGACGACCGGCCCCGAGAUCUGGGCGCAGACGGGAGGCAAGGUCGAUGCCUUCACUUGCGCGACGGGCACCGGUGGAACGUUUGCGGGUACGACGAGGUAUCUAAAGGAGAUUUCGGGCGGCAGGGUCAAGGCUUUCUUGGCUGAUCCUCCCGGAAGUGUGUUGCACUCGUACUUCAGCUCGGGCGGCAAGCUGAUUGAGCGCAGCGGGUCGAGCAUCACCGAGGGCAUUGGCCAGGGCCGUAUCACCGACAACCUGAAGCAGGAUGUGGACUUGGUGGAUGGAUCCAUGACCAUUAGCGACGAGAAGACCAUUGAGAUGGUGUACAGGUGUCUGGACGAGGAGGGUCUGUACCUUGGCGCCAGCUCGACCCUCAACGUUGUUGCGGCUAAGGAGGUUGCGGAGAAGCUCGGAAAGGGAUCGACGGUUGUGACGAUGCUGUGCGAUGGUGCCUACAGGUAUGCGGACCGGUUGUUCUCGAGGAAGUGGUUGGAGCAGAAGAACCUUUUGGGCGCGAUCCCCGAGCACUUGCAAAAGUACAUCGUUCUGCCAUAGUCGGGAUAGAAAGAGGGAACAUAAACAAAUAAACAAACAAACAAACAGGAAAAAAGCGACAGACGGUUUAUUGUACAUAGCAGGUAGUUGGGUAUCGUUCAUGAAACAAAAAAAGUUUCAGGGUUCUCUUGUCUA